AUGGUCAUGUUGUUUCAUAGUGUGGGACUAUCUCAAUGUUCAAACCCACAAAAGUAUAUCGGACUCUUCCAUAGUCAUUACAGAUGCAUAGUUGGUUCAUCUGAAACAGGGUUGUCCAGAAGAAGACAAGCGUUGGAGCAAUUGGAUUCGAACUUGUCUAGUGGAGACGAGAGAUCUGCACUGUCACUUAUCAAGGAUCUCCAAGGAAAACCUGGCGGGCUUCGAUGUUUUGGAGCCGCAAGGCAGGUGCCUCAGAGACUCUACACGUUGGAUGAACUGAAACUGAAUGGUAUUAACGCAGCUUCACUUCUAUCGCCAACAGAUGCGACUCUUGGUUCCAUUGAAAGAAACCUUCAGAUCGCUGGUGUCUCAGGAGGGAUAGUUGCUUGGAAAGCCUUAGAUUUGAGCUCUCAACAGCUUUUGUAUAUUUCUCUUGGACUUUUGUUCCUGUGGACCUUGGACUUGGUCUCAUUUAAUGGCGGAAUUGGGAGUUUGGUUCUUGAUACAAUUGGUCAUACGUUCAGCCAACGAUACCAUAACAGAGUUGUUCAGCAUGAAGCAGGUCAUUUCUUAGUAGCCUAUUUGGUCGGGAUUCUCCCACGAGGAUACACGCUCUCAAGCCUUGAAGCUUUACAGAAUGAAGGAUCUCUAAACAUUCAAGCUGGCUCAGCUUUUGUGGACUAUGAGUUCCUUGAAGAAGUUAACUCUGGAAAAGUCUCAGCCACCAUGCUGAACAGAUUCUCAUGCAUUGCUCUUGCUGGUGUAGCAACAGAAUAUCUCCUCUAUGGUUAUGCUGAAGGUGGCCUUGACGAUAUCAGCAAGUUAGAUGGUUUGGUGAAGAGUUUGGGGUUCACACAGAAGAAAGCAGACUCGCAGGUGAGGUGGUCAGUACUCAACACCAUACUGCUACUACGUCGCCAUGAGACAGCUCGAACCAAGCUUGCUGAGGCUAUGUCCAAGGGAGAAUCUGUCGGAUCCUGUAUCCAAAUCAUCGAAGAUUCUAUCGACCCUUCUGAUAUCUAG